UCAUUUGUUUUCUGCUGUUCGCGAGAUUUAGUAGCGCGCACGGCCGCACAACACGUCCGUCGAUCUCCGGGUAUCGUUAUUUGUGUGGUUACAGCCUGCUCUAUCCAGGUCCGGUUCUGUAUAUUUCCCUGUUUUUUUUUUCGCAUCUCGUUCCGUACGUGUCCGUGUGUGUGUUCUCUUUCGCACCUUUCUUCCUGUGGCGAUUUUGGUUUUGGUUGUCUGAAUCUGAUUCGGUGUGCUGUGGAGAAGCUGUAUCCCAAUAUCUCAUCUGCGUGCGUGUCCAGCACCAUCCCGCUAUCACUCCAGUCCCGGAGUGCAGGGCUUUGUGCGUGCGUGCGUGAUUGUGUGUGUGUUUGCCAGUUUUGGUGUGCAAAGGUGAGCAAAGUCUAUUCACAAUCUCAACAGCACUUGCAUGGUGUUGGCAACCCGUCUUAGUCUGCUGCCGUCUGCCCAGAGUGUCAUUUGACAGUGGUGUUUAACCCGGUGGGCUUAGUGAAGUGAGAGCAGAGUUACUGUGCCGGUACGACCUGGCGGCCAUGCUCCGACCUAUAUACUGACAGACGGUCUUCCUAAGAUUGCUAUAGUGGUGCAUACGCUAGUGUGUAGGAUGGGUGCCUAAGUUCGCUCCAGACGUGCGUGUGUGAAAACGACUCUGCUGCGCCUUCCCAUGUUGCUGUGCUGUGAAAACCCCCAACUCCCCACGAAGUGGAGGUGCCAGAUAAAACACUCCUCUCCAGACCUCCACUCUUCAGCGGGUCCGUGCGAUAGCGCCCCUUGUGCUAUAGGGGAGAGUAUUCAGCGGAAGCAAGAGAAAAAAACACACACCGCCUUACAUUGUACCACUCUGCUAGAUCUUUGUGCAUCAGCAACAACACAACACCUUCGGCAGCAUCAACACCACCCAUCAUCAUCUUCGUCGGAUAGCUCCAUCGAAUUUAUUUAGUGGAAAUUGCUGACUACUGCUUGUGGUGUCUCAACGUACUGCGGUGAAGGAGAAGGCGAACCAGAAGGAAGAAAAAAAAGUUCCAAGUUCGUCAAUUUCGUGGCGGACGGUCUGUCAUCACCUUUGCUGCGAUCAAAAAGAAGACCCGGUCUCUGUCCUGUCGCAGCAGACGUAUUCAAGCGAGCACAGAUCAUGCAGUGUGGCGUUGAAACCAUGAACGAUUGCGAGCGAUCCCCUGGUCGUACUGGACUGCGCGUCAACUUCACCGAGAAGGGCGAGGUCAAGGAGCGCCGCGAGAAGUUCCUCACAGCCAAGUACGGAUCGCACCAGAUGAGUCUGAUCCGGAAGCGGCUAGCGGUGGAGAUGUGGCUGUACGACGAGCUGCAGAAACUGUUCGAUCCUCCCACAGAAGCUAUCGACGUGGAUAUCGACGAGAUUCUAGACAUGGACACCGAUGACAUAAGAAGAUCGCAUUUGUUCAGCCUGCUUUCCGCAUGCAAACGACCACCGCAAGACAUAUCGAAAUUCAUUAGCGAUCUUUUGGAUAGGGCCAAAACUCUCUGAGCUGGACUGGUCAUUUCAGUUUAAAUGUAGCGUUUAAUUAAUUUAAUGUAUUAUCAUUUAACGAUGUCACCACACCCUACCAAUGCUGCUGCUGCUACCAAGGCACAAAACGGAGAGAUUCCCUCCACUGUGGGUCCCUGUCAUCCGUUCCUGUGAUUCCCGGAGCUGCUGGUCCGACCGAUCUAAGAUUAGAAGAAACAAAACGCCACCUCCAAACCUUCUUUUUUAGUUUGUGUACACGGCGUUGGCGAAAGUUUUUCGAGCAAUUUUAAGAAUUCAAAUCUUUCGUUUUACACAAGAAAAAGCCCAAGCAAGUCUUGACAACAAUUUGAACAAAAAUACCCAAUCUACUACAGCAGCGUUUGACAAGCAACAUCGGGUUCCGAAGCUAAAAUUGAAAGGCACAGGUAGAAGCAACUGGUAUGAAAAUAGGUGUUGAGUGGGUGAAGAGAAAGAUUCAAUUUUUCUCCAAAGAAUACUUUAACAAGCAACACAUACAUAUAGACAUAACCACAUUAAGCAGGGUUGGUGAACGAGCAUGAAAAAUCGGACAAACAAUAGAGAAUGGGCAUACAAUAAUAUUGACCAUAACACGGAAGAAUGACGUGGUUGAGGUAGAAGAGGAGGAACAGAAUACAAAUUAUGCUGUAAGUUUAAAGGUAGUAAAAUUUAACGGUAAUCGUUUAUUUUUUGUAUUUGGUUUAAGUUUACACUCUAGCAUUUAGUUUUCUAAGGUUGUUAAGACAAACCCACUUUUUUAUUGGUAAGAUUCUCACACUCGAGUUUUAAUCCUUCGAAACAGGCAAAGCAAAAGAAACAGACAAAAAACAUGUUCCGACACUUUUAAUGAUGUUACACUGCCAACUAUCGGAAGACCUUCAGAAGAUCAUGGAAACCACAAAUAUUGAGCGUCCUUUUGGUUUGCUCUCAUACCAAUAACUCUCACGCGCUUCUCAGUUUCAUUCAAAUAUAUUCCACCAGACACGCACUCGAAAACAGAGGACACACACACACACACACACACACAGUGCCACACAGUCUUAGAAUCUGUGGUUGGCAGAGUACACUAUCCACUGCUUACACUAUUACUACUGCAACUACUAAAACUGAUUGCUCAAUCAACAAUGAAACUUGGAAGUAUUACACUACCUACGGCAAGGAUUGUAAAAAGUGUUGAUAGAAUGCAGGAUGUUCGGUUGGGCAUGGUAGCAAACAAACAAAAAAGUAAGAACAGUGAUAAACCUGAAACACGACGAGCGCCAGCCGGCGAGCAUUAGAAUAAUGAAACCGAAAAUAUAUUGCAGACAAAAUCCGCGGAGACACACGCGCUUUUCAGUGAUGCGUGUGACACCGUUUGGAGGAAGCGAAGUUUAUUUAACUGCCACUGUAUCCAGGCAUCGCGGGUGGCGAGCAUUAGUAGAGCGCCAUGCGUGUAGUAAAAAUCGCAAUGAAGCGUUGCUUGAGUUCGGCCAAACUUACUGUAAACACGUGGCAGCAGUUUCAUAUCCCUUGUUUGUUCGUUUUCAUCGCCAUUCAACUGAAGCGGCAUAGUUGUAGUAGUGUGCAUGCAUACCUUCUCAUCAUCCUCAUAUCACCACGCAUCAUAUCUAAGACAAGCUGAUAGGAUACUAUUUGUUCGCGUUCGGAUGUUCGGAAGAGCUGCGCAGAAACUGGGCGAGCGGGCUGGGCUGAGCACAUAUAGCUUUUUCUUGUCGCAAUCUUAAACUAUACAUCUAGCAAAAACUUACGAGUUACUCAAGUGUGUUGUUUCCUAGCAUAAGUUUCCUUCCUUAACAGGCGUUGUGCACACACUAUACUAAGCUAUGUGUUUGUCUAGUAGGAAUGACUAUAUCCAGGCACGAUCACACAUCAAACAAACACUAUUGCCAAUCCAUCUCCAGUGUCGCGUGUGUGUGUGUGUGUCUGGCAAAGGUAAAGAUGGCAGUUGUGAUUUUGUGAAACAGUGUAACUAAAGUGAAUAAAAGAGAGAGAUUUAAA